AUGGCGCCGCCACCGCCGCCGCCGAUUUCUUGCUCCGGCAUGUCCGCCUCAGCUGAUCGCUCUCCCCCGUGGGAGGAAGGCCGCGCCUCGGUUCGCAUCAGGUUUUCCUCUUCUCCUCCCAGCGGGACGGCGGCCGAGAGGCUCACCGACGACCUCCUUGUGGAAAUCCUCUCCCGUGUCCCGGUCAAGUCGCUCUGCCGCUUCAAGUGCGUCUCCAGCCACUGGCUGAGCCUCAUCCACCACCCGGACCACCGCAAGAAGCUCCCCCAAACCCUGGCUGGCUUCUUCUACACCACCGACGACUUUGAGCGCAUCCCGAUCUCAGCAUACCAUCUCGCCAAUUUCUCUGGGAGAAGCUGCCCUCCGAUAGACAAAUCUUUCUCCUUUCUGUGGAACCACCGGCGUGUUGAUCUACUGGAUUGUUGCGGCGGCCUCCUCCUCUGCAGCUGCUACACGGGCGAGGGUGACCGUUACAUCGCGUGCAAUCCCGCGAGGGAGGAGUGGGUGAUGCUGCCGGAAACAAGCAAUGCAGGCAUGAGGGGCACUGUAAGUUUGGGUUUCGAUCUGGCUGUGUCGCCCCACUUCCGUGUGUUUGUGUUGCUGGCGUUCAUGGAUCAUGAUGGUGACUUCGGCCGUGGCCUCACGAGGGUGGAUAUUUUUUCGUCUGAAACCAGGAGAUGGGUUCGUAAAGAAAAGAGAUGGAACGAGAAUCUUUAUUUUCUUGGUCCUCGGCACCAAUCUACCGUUUUCCUCAACGGCUAUAUGCAUUUUUACGCCUGCAGCAUCACGUCAUCACAUUGUGUAGUUGCGGUUGACAUGGAGGGGGAAACAUGGACGACCUUCCGUAUCCCUGGCCAUCUGCGGCAUGGUUUUCUUCAGCUGUCACAGGGCUGCUUGCACUAUUCCAGUUUUCAGAAAGAUGAAGAUGAGGUGGUUCGACUAGUUGUUUAUGUUCUCGGGGACUAUGACAACAAAGAGUGGAUGAUGAAGCAUAGCAUUGAAACUUCACACAUAUCUGGAUGGAUACCUAUUGACCACCGUUGUAUCGCAAUUCAUCCGGAGUGUGACUUGAUCUUCUUCACCGCGGGAGUGGCUACCAAAAUCAUGUGCUAUAAUAUGAAUAGUCGGCAAGUCAAAUUGAUCUCCAGUGUUGAAUAUGAUAAUCCACCAUAUCUUCUAUAUGUCCCAUUGUAUGCAGAAUUACAAUCAUUGCACACGUGA